AUGCGCCUGGUGCGGCGCAGCCGGGCUCCGUGCGCGGGUCUUUGCGGGGGGCGGGCGCAACCUCCACUGCUCCCGCCCAGGCAUGCCUCUGUCUGCGAGAUGCCAGCUGCUCCCGGAUGAGCCGAGGCUCAGCCCCUCCCCAGAGGAGGGGCACGGGGAGGCGGGUGGCAAGCCAGCCCUCGCCGCCUGUAUCGGGGUGGGAGGCAGCUGGUCCUGUCCGGUCCCUGCAGCAAGCCCAUGGCCGGGCCCCAGCUCAGCCGGCGGGAUGGGGACGGGGACGGGGACGGGGACUGGCAGGAGGUUUAUUCUGCAGUACAAUGGAUCCAGUUUGUCAUGGCCACUUUAAGUGUUACAGGCUCCAGCUCCAUCAUUGCCUACGCUGUCUUCCAAAACACAGUGCGCUCUCCGGAGGUGCGCCCUCUUUUCUACCUAAGCCUCUCUGACCUGUUCCUGGGGGUUUGCUGGCUUGCUGGGGCUCUGCUCUAUAGCACACAAACUGCAAAUCAGGAUAUCAUAUGCUAUAACCUGCAAGCAGCUGGGCAGAUUUUCUAUAUGGCUUCUUUUCUCUACACCAUUAACUAUACCUGGCAUCUAUACAUGGAUUUGAAAGUGAAAUACAGUCAGAACCUUCACAGGAUGUCCUCUUUGGUUUUAGAUUAUGGUAGUUGUCUUGGCCGAACAGCAACAAUUUUAUGCAGCUUGAUCCCUUUCCUACUUAUGGUUCCUGUGUUUUGCCUGGGCAACAGUAGUGAUUGCUAUGGGAACUUCAGUCAGAAACAUGGGUGUCUCCUGAUGCACACAGAAAUAACCAAACCCACUGGUCAGCUGCAACCUGUUGGUGGCUCUCUUUGUUCUGUGAUAUAUUUGUAUGGCAUCGGGAUCUUCCUGAUCUCUUUCUGGGUCAGCUUCAUAGCCAUUCUGGUUCUACUCAUUCAAGCCCAAGGGUUGUACAAAAGAUAUGUAAACUCAUCAGGAUUCUUGGGCAGUCAGCAGUGGGCAAUGAUUAAGAUGGUGGAACAAAGAGUGGUUUUUUACCCCAUCGCUUAUUUCUGUUGCUGGGGUCCAGCUGUCCUCCUUGGAAUAAUGAAGUUGACUGUUUCAGAGAACGGCAGACUCUACAUGGCUCUUUAUAUUCUGCAGGCACUCACUGCAGCUUCCCAGGGGCUCUUAAACUGUAUCGUGUAUGGGUGGACCCAGAAUGCAUUCCAGUCCAUGAAACGCAAAGCUUGCCGCGACGUUGACACACAGACACCUCUCCUUCGCUCCCAGAAGAAGUUUUAUGCCAGCGUGCCCAACCCCAGCACCCAGGCAGUAGCAGUAUCUACAUCCACAGUGCUCUGACAGUUCUCUGUCAGCAAAGAGGAAUAGAUGGCCUGCUACCUUCCAGCCCUGGCCUGGUCACAGCUGGUACAUGUCAGGCACAGCCACUUUCUUGCCGAAUGAACUUAACUGCUUUGUCAGUUAUAGGCAUUAAGAGUUACAUUUAGCCUGUACAAAUCUGGAUGGAGAUGAACUGUUCUCAGUGAAGAUCGUUAUUUAUUUCAUAGGGUUUUAAUGCAUUAUUUUACCUUGUAAUAUAUUUAGAGCAGUCUCUUCUUUAUGGGAAUAUCUGAGAGUUGCACGGAUCACUACGGUGUCUCAGUCCUUAACUGCCUAGCUCAUAAGGAGAGAUGGCCAGGGGAUAUUUUUCUUGCCUUGGUGAUUGUCACAUUGUACUGACAGAUUUCUGACAAUAAAGUAAAGAGGAAUAUUUUAAAAUCAUGCUCUUAUUACCAAAAUAUAAAAAAGAAAGAAGUGCAACAAUAGAAGCUGAAUGCACUACAAUGUAAAAUAAUGAUGGCAGGUUGAAUUAGAGAGGUCAGCCUAACCCCCUGUCCUGUAAACUCACUGAAAUAUCAAGUGUUGUACUUUCUGAAAACCGAUUUCCUUACCUUUAGACUAUUAACAUGGAAAUAAUGCUUAAGACUUAACUUCCUUUAUAUGCCUCAUUCCACUUUGACUCUAAACAGCCAAGUACAUUUCAGUUCUCUCCUCCAAACUGGUCAUCGAUCAGCUGAGUGUACCAAGACGAAUAAUCCCAUUUUAAGUCAGUGAGGUUCUUUACAUGAGCAAAGUAAGCAGGAUUUAGCCUGUUGUCUAUUUCUACAGAAUAUUGCUUCUUUAAAACAUUUCCUGCUCCUUCAAAUCAGAGGGCAAAAAACCAGCUUUCCCUUUGAGACAGAAGCUUUGAUUUUCUGUGCUGUGAGUUUACGUGUUUGUUAAUUUACAAUCUCAGAGAAGAUCCCUAAAGCUCUGGAGCUAGUUCGCCUCCUGUGUCUUAAAAAUACCUGUCAGCAUGCUCCAUAGGAUCUCUCCUUACCUGGCUUUUGCAGAAGGGGAAGUUUGGUGGGAUCAGGUGGGUUAUAAUUCAGUAUUUAACAUCAAAGGCCCCAGAGUCUUAGAUGCACCUUUUUCAAACCUUUUAAAUACAUCAUUAUAUAUACAAUGUGGUCAUGCAUGCACUCAGGUUAGUUACUGAAGUCCUACUUUUAAAUGUUUUUCUUCCAUGUUCUGUGGUUAGCUGGAAAGAAAAACCUUAAAAACUUUAACUUUCAUGUUGUUUAUUUGCCAACAUCUUCACUUCUUUCUUCCUAUGCACAGUAAACUUAUUUACAUAUUAUUUAAAAAAUAGAAAUAUAAUGUUGGAGUUUUGGGUAAUAAAACAACUUCAUGGGAACCCUCUAGGUCUAGUAAUCUAGAUCCACAGAUGCUGUAGUAGGAACUGCCAGGCUGUGGCAAAGCAAUACCAGGUAACCCUAAAUGAUGGUCCUUCCACUUCUUUCACUUUUGUGAACUAAUUUUGCCUUCUUUCAACUGUCUCUUUGCAUCCUGUUCAGGAGGAAGACUUCUCUUUUGGCCCCACCAUAUACCUGUAUUAAGCACUAAUGGUCUGAUACUCUUCUUAAAUGCAGUAGUCAUUUAAGGAGAAAAUCAUCAAGUUGCUAUUACUGCUUAUAUCUCUAAAAGGGUGGAAACAAAUAUUGCCUAUGUGCUGCACUUGUGAGGCUGAGGAAACAGAAAUCCUUGCCCUUUGUCAUGCUACAAGUGAC